GACUCUAACCGGUACCAGAAAGUGAUUCUUGGGACACGCGACAUCAAUAUCAUCAUUGCUAGUCACUCAAUGUGCAUCAGUUUUAUUUUUUAAACCUACGAUACAGUUUUACCGUUAAGGUUCCACGUUCUGCAAAUGCUGUAGAGAAGUUGCCUUUGCAUGUGCUUUUCCCGCGCGUGUUUACGCCUUCAGUGACAGUAGAAGCGCAUUGAUUGUGUUGCGGCUGACUAUGGACGAGCAAGCCCGGAUCAUGCAGGCUCUUGGCGGGGUGAAUUUGGCUGGCCACCCGGUGCAGGGAGGCAUGACUCUGCCGCCUCCGCACGGACACGACGGGACCGAUGGAGACGGAAGAAAACAAGACAUCGGUGACAUUCUGCAUCAGAUCAUGACGAUAACUGACCAAAGUCUGGACGAAGCGCAAGCAAAGAAACACGGACUGAACUGUCACCGGAUGAAGCCAGCCCUGUUCAGCGUGCUCUGCGAGAUUAAAGAGAAAACGGGUCUGAGUAUCCGCGGGGCGCAGGAGGAGGAGCCUCCGGACCCUCAGCUGAUGCGAUUGGACAACAUGCUGCUGGCGGAAGGCGUGGCUGGUCCAGAGAAAGGGGGCGGGUCAGCGGCGGCAGCAGCAGCAGCGGCAGCGGCGGGCGGGGCGGCGGAUAACUCCAUCGAGCACUCGGACUACCGGGCCAAACUCACACAGAUACGGCAGAUCUACCACACGGAGCUGGAGAAGUACGAACAGGCGUGUAACGAGUUCACGACCCACGUGAUGAACCUGCUGCGGGAGCAGUCUCGCACGCGGCCCAUCUCGCCCAAAGAGAUCGAGCGCAUGGUGAACAUCAUCCACCGCAAGUUCAGCUCCAUCCAGAUGCAGCUCAAGCAGAGCACCUGCGAGGCCGUCAUGAUCCUACGCUCACGCUUCCUCGACGCCAGACGGAAAAGAAGGAACUUCAGCAAGCAGGCGACGGAGAUCCUGAACGAGUAUUUCUACUCCCACCUGAGCAACCCCUACCCCAGUGAGGAAGCCAAAGAGGAGCUGGCCAAGAAGUGCAGCAUCACAGUAUCCCAGGUAUCUAACUGGUUUGGGAACAAGCGGAUCCGCUACAAGAAGAACAUCGGGAAGUUCCAGGAGGAGGCCAACCUCUACGCCGCCAAGACGGCCGUUAACGCCGCUCACGCCGUCGCCGCCGCCGUGCAGAACAGCCAGACCAACUCGCCCUCCACGCCCAACUCCGGUUCCUCAGGGUCUUUUAGCCUCCCACAAUCUGGGGACUUGUUCAUGAGCAUGCAGGGGCUGAGUGCGGCCCCUUACCAAGGCACACAAGUCGGAGCCAAUGUGCAGUCUCAGGUGGAUACUCUGCGCCAUGUUAUCAGUCAGACGGCAGGAUACAGUGAUGGCCUCGGAGGAAACUCCAUGUACAGUCCACAUGGCCUGAAUGCAAAUGGGGGCUGGCAGGAUGCAACCACACCAUCCUCUGUUAUCUCCCCAACCGAGGGACCUGGCAGCGUGAACUCUGAUACCUCGAAUUGAUUUACACACACGUAUGCACACAUGUAUACACACACACACACACACACACACACACACACACACACACAGUCACACAUUUCAUCCUCCCUGUUGAAGAAGCCCGACUACAGCGCCCGCCACAGACUGACCAAUCAGAGAGGCCGAACCAGCCGUCAGAACCAAUCGUCUGGCUGCGUUUGUUUCCUGCGUUCAGCGCUCGUCCUGUCGACGCGCAGUUUUAUAAAUAUGUGUUAACAUUUCCUGACACGCGCUUCAACGCACCCACUCUGUUUUAUUUCCUGCGUCAUAUUUGUUUUGCAGCCUGUGAGUGUGUGUCCAGUGCUGAGAAUGGGAUACUGAAUGAGUGUGUGUGAGAAACCAAACUGACCCGUCAAUAGGAGGCUGUGUGAAGUGACCAAGACUAUUCAUCCGGGUUAGGUCACCCAGUCUGGUUCAUUCCUUGGACUGAGUGUCCAAGUCUCUCCUCUGUGAUAGUGUUCACUCAGUCACUGCUCCAUACUCCA